AUGUCACCUGAAACUCUUUUGGUUUGUUUUAAGGAGCUGCAAAAGCCUGAAACUAUUGGUCGGACCUUCAUAUCUCCAGCUAUUGCGGGACAAGAUUUUGCCAGAUCAGAAGGUUUGCUGACUUUUGAACCUGGACAAAGAAAUAAGUUUCUGGAUGUGACCCUUACUCCAAAGACAGCAUCAUUAAACCCAUUUCCUAAACGCUUCCAGGUUGUGCUUUCUAAUCCCACAGGAGGUGCCAGAGUAGAUGAUGUCUAUGGUGUUGCUAAUGUCACCAUUGUCUCAGAUGUGGGCUCUUUGCCAUUCUGGAUGCUGAUUGAUCAACUGCAUCAGCCUCUUGAUGACACAAUUUUACAAAGAGUCCUUCAGAAUCUGAAUGUCAAGGUGGCUACAGAAACAACUGAAGAACAGCUUACUGCUGUGAUGCACGUAAUAGAUAAGGUUACAGAUAUAGGUGAAAAACAUUUACUCACUGGUAAAAGUAGAAGUUUUUUCUAUGAGAUACUCUGUGCUCUCGCUAGUCCAAAACGCAAGGAUACACGAGGAUAUAGCCUGCUUGCUGAGGUGACUGAGAAGUUUGCUUUUUCUUUGCUGACUGAGAUAAUGUGUGGAUCACCAGGGGAGAGAGGCAAAAAUAUCCUUGAUAGCUGUCCAUACAUUGCAAUAGUGGCUCACAACUGGUAUCCUCAGCAAAUCAAUGGACACAGAUUUGAUGGAAGAGAUGGGGAUUCUAUUCAAGUGCCUGAGCAUUUAUUAAAGGUCUCUGUUGUAUUAUCUCCUCCCCAAGAAGAGAAUUGUGAAUCUAUACAGUUCACAGAAUACAGCAGUCAGCAGUGGUUUCUCACUGGAGAUAAAGAACUUGCCCUAAAGAACAAGGUUUUCUCUAUGAGUUUAAAGAGUCAGAGCUCACACCCUUUGAAAGACAGCAAUGAAGUAAUGUAUCGGAUUUAUGCUUCAGGAAGUCGGAUUGUUCCACAGAAGUCUCUAUGUCUCCUUUGGAAUCAGGCUUCAGAAAG